GUUUGGCUUACGUGGCAGGUUCGGGCAUGUCAACUUGAAGAUGACUCACAUAAGAGUUCCUGCCCGUUGUGCCCGGAGGAUGCUUAGUAACAACUACGGGCAGCUUCGAACACUCUCUCUCUUCUCUCUAUAUCUGAGUUUCUGAAAACUCUUCAUUGAUCACACAAAAUCUCAAAACACUCUUUCAUUCAUGAACAGAGCUUAUCUCUUCUAGUCUCUCUUUCCUUUUUCUUCCGAGCUAGCUAACAAAAGAAGGGACAUAAUGGAGUGGGAGGAACAAGGAUUGUGGUCGUCCUUGGUGCUUGAUAGCGCUUCGAUGCUAAAGCUCACCGCUUCGACUCUAACGGCUACUGUGCUUUCCUCUUUCGUAGAGCUCCUCGCUCAGGUCGCUGCCUUGGAGGGUGAUGUUAAAGAGAACGGAGACGAGGUUGUUGAUGCAGAGGAAGGCAAUGGAAACAAUGAAGACGGUGAUAGUGGUGAUGAUGAUGGAGGGGAAGACGAAGAAGAAGGCGGUGAUGCAGAAGAAGUAGAGGAGACCAAGAAAGGAUCAGCAAGUGGUCCUGGUGAGAAUGGUGAAGCUGGAGAUGGUGAUGAUGAUGACGAUGAACCUGAAGGGGGUGACGACAAUGACGAUGAUGAUGAUGACGACGAAAAUGAGAACAAUGAUGAUGAUGAUGAUGAGGAAGAGGAGGAUGACGAUGGUGGUGAAGAAGAAGAGGAAGAGGAGGUGGAGGAAGAAGAGGAAGAAGAUGAGGAGGAAGAGGCGCUACAGCCACCAAAGAAGAGGAAGAAGUAAACAACCCAACCGCUUUGAUCUUCUAACAUUUUAGAUUCAAAAUAUCAAAAACUUCUUGUGGGUUUUACCUGAAGAGAGUCUUAAGGCAUCAUCACCAGCUUCUUUAGCUUCCACUGUAAUCUCUGUUGUUCCAUGAAUCAAAAAGACCUUUGUUUA